AUGGGAAAGUCAAAAGUAGCACCGGAAAAGAAAUUGUCGAUUCCGCGACUCGAACUUUGUGGCGCUUUACUCCUCGCCCGGACUAUUGAAUAUGUACGAACCAAUUUAACUUCAUUGCAGAUCACAAACGUCACUGCCUGGUGUGACUCCACAGUAGUGCUCACAUGGCUCCAAAUGCCAACGGCAAGAUUGAAAACGUUUGUGGCGAAUCGCGUCGCUCAAAUUCAGCAUAUGACCUCAUCUGACAGCUGGAGGCAUGUACCCACUGCACAAAAUCCAGCAGACUGUGCCACUCGUGGCCUGACUCCGAAAGAAAUAAGUGAUCACCCUAUUUGGUGGACCGGUCCGCAAUUUCUUACUCAACCUUCGGAAACAUGGCCGCAAGUAACCAUCUUCAACACUGUCGAACCGGGAGAACACAAUGUCGAAGAAAAGCCCUUGAUACUACUGGCCGUCCAAGUUGAAGAAGAGAGUAAGCUCUUAACCUCAUCAACUGACCUACCUAAAGUCCUCCGUCUCACUGCAUAUUGGUUACGGCUCCGGAGACGUUUAGGCCACCAACCAAUGGUAUUUGAUGAAAACCAAUCACCCGGAAUAAAAGAGAAAAAUGAAGCGUUACUUGCUUUAUUACGAUGGGUACAGCGGGUACACUUCGCAGAGGAUUUGAAACUUCUUACUGCAGGUCGAAACUGUUCAACAAAACUCCGAUUAUUGAAAGCAUUUAUAGACCCAAUCGGGGGUCUCCUCAUGGUGGGCGGGAGACUUCGCGAGGCGGAUUUACCGUUUGAAAAUCGCCAUCCUAUCUUAUUACCGAAGAACUCCCAGUUGACGAUACUAUUAAUCGAUUUUUUCCACCGUCAACAUUGUCACCCAGGACCUCAAACAACUCAGAACAUUCUUCAACAAGAAUAUUGGAUCAUUUCCGCUCGAAGUUUCAUACGAAAACGACUCCGUCAAUGCGUAUCCUGUUUCAAAGCCAGUCCGAAGCCCUUGCAGCCUAGUAUGGGAGACCUACCGAAGCCAAGACUAGUUGGUACAAAACCAUUCGCUCACGUGGGUGUUGAUUUCGCUGGACCGUUCUUCGUAAAAGCCGCUCUUCUAAGACGGAUCCAGACGACUAAAGGGUACUUAUGUAUUUUUGUAUGUAUGGCAACUCGUGCGGUCCAUUUGGAGCUCGUCAGUGAUUUGUCAACCGCUCUCUUCCUCGCGGCCCUUGACCGAUUUAUUAGUCGUCGUGGAAGAUGUACUGACCUCUACAGCGAUUGCGGAACAAACUUCGUAGGAGCAAAACGCUAUUUAAAGGAAGUCCAAGAUAUUAUUGACUCUUCAACCACAGCAACGGAUCUGGAUAAACGCCAAAUUCAAUGGCAUUUAAAUCCACCAGCCGCCCCACACAUGGGCGGACUUUGGGAAGCAGCGGUUAAGUCCGCAAAAACGCUACUUCAUCGUACCAUCCACGACCAAAUAUUAACCUAUGAAGAAUUAAAUACUAUUUUUCAUCGAGUAGAGGCCACACUUAACUCGCGUCCUCUAGGAGCCAUGUCCUCGGACCCUAACGAUCCUCAACCUCUGACCGCUGGACAUUUCUUAACUAUGGGACCUCUGGGUACGCUACCUGCACCUACCACCUCAUCUACCAGUUCAAGACUCGGACUUCACAAACGAUGGGCUCUUGUCCAACGAAUACAACUACACUUCUGGGAACUAUGGCAGAAAGAUUACCUACAUACCUUGCAAGUAAGAUCCAAGUGGCACAAGGACGAACGUAAUCUCCUGAUCGUUGACCUUGUCAUUGUCAAAGAACCAACACCCCCUCUCACUUGGAAAACUGCACGGGUCGUGGAAGUCCACCCGGUUGAAGAUGGCGUAGUACGUGUGGCCACAGUUCGUGAUGCAGACGGCAAAUUAUUCAAACGUCCAGCCGCAAAGUUGUGUCUAUUACCACUAGAUAUAUGA